AUGCGAAGGUUGCUCGGGCUGUUCAUCUCCUCUAGAUACUCCAAGUCAUUAACAACAUUGUUGCACCCAGAACGGCAGGAACUCAAGAGGAUCGUCACCGAAUUCAGGGACUUUCCGCUGAGUUUGUCCCUAGAACUCCCACUGCACUAUGUCUAUCAGGAGGAGGAGGCUCCUGCUGACCUGCUUUGUAAUCAGGAGAAGAACUCUGGUCUGCACCAGAAGGAUCCAGACCACCUACAGAUGAAAGAGGAACAGGAGGAACUCUGCACCAGUCUGGACCAGGAGGACCCAGAGUCUCCACAGAUGAAAAUAAAAGAGGAACAAGAGGAACUCUGCACCAGUCUGGACCAGGAGGACCCAGAGCCUGCACAGAUGAAAGAGGAACAGGAGGAACUCUGCACCAGUCUUGAAGGAGAGCUGCUUAUACAGAAUCAGCAGAGUGAUACCUUUAUAGCAACUUCUACUUCUAAGAAAAGGGACCACAGUGACACAGAACCAGACAGUUACCAGCUACUCUGUCAAAAUGUUUUUGUAGCUGAGAGGUCAGAUCAGGAAAGAAGUAAGGAUGCAGAUUUAGAACCAACUACAAAUGCAAAGCUGAAGCCAAUGAAGACACAUCACAGAAACAACAGUCACAGUAACAAUGUAGACAACACUCCCAUGGCUGAGAGUCACUGUGAAACUGACACAGGGAAAAAGACUUUAACAUGUGAGUUCUGUGGAACAGCCUUUAAAAAUAGAUACAGCUUGAAGAAACAUUACAGCAGUCAUACCGAUGAGAAGCUGUUUGCUUGUAAGUCAUGUGAGAAAAGUUUCAGCUAUAGAGCUCAGCUAAAAGUCCACAUGAGAACUCACACAGGUGAGAAGCCGUACUCUUGUAAAACCUGUGGGAAAAGUUUCAGUCAUGGAGGUCAUUUGAAAGUCCACAUGAGAACUCACACAGGUGAGAAGCCAUACUCUUGUAAAACCUGUGGGAAAAGUUUCAAUAAAGAAAGUAAUUUGAAAGUCCACAUGAGAAUUCACACAGGUGAGAAGCCGUACACCUGUAAAACCUGUGGGAAAAGUUUCAAUAAAGAUAGUAAUUUGAAAGUCCACAUGAGACUUCACACAGCAUACAGACCACUGGUUAAAGUCACCAAACCAGUUCGGAAGCAAGCUGCCACCAACAACAACACCACAGACCUCCAGGAGUACACAGAGACUGUCACUGCCUACAUCACCAACUCUAUUGAUGAUGUUACGGACACAAAGACCAUCACUGUGCAGGACAAUCAGAAGCCAUGGCUGACAGAGAAGGUCUACAGGCUCAUGAAGACUCUGGAUGCUGCCUUCAGAGGUGGAAAUAAAUUGGGCCUGAGGACAGCUAGGGCCAACCUGUCAUGUGGCAUCAGGGCUAAGAGGCAGUACUCCAGGAGGAUAGCCCACUGUUUCAGUGACAGAAGAGACACCCAAAUCCUGCCCCAGUUCUGCUUUGGUCCUGCUAUCCCUUGCCCUGGUUCUGUUUCGGCCCUGCUCGCUGUGGUCCUGGCUCCUGCCCAGUCUCAGAUGACCCAGAACUCUGUCCUGCAGGGCAUCGGCUCCCCCCCGGCCCACUCUUCAGACCGCCGCUGGCGCUCUCCACCGCUCACCCUUGCCCUCGGUGCGCCCCUUUGUUACAGCUCCAACCUCUUCCUCAAGUUUGCGGAUGACACAAUUGUUGUGCGUCACAUCAGUGAUGAAACAAACGACAGGAGCGAAGUGAGCCACCUGGCCAUGUGGUGCAGAGACAACAAUCUCUCUCUGAAUGUUGAUAAGAUGAAAGAAAUUGUUCUGGACUUCAGGAGAGUGCAUACCCAGCAUACUGCUCUGACCAUCGGCGGUGCUGCUGUAGAGAGCGUGAGCAACACCAAGUUCCUGGGUGUGCACAUCGCAGAGGACCUCUCCUAG